AGACAAGCAAGUUGGACGCGUGUGACACUACCCGCUCUUUCAGUGUCGAAGCAAGGAUGGACCCUGCAAGCAAAUGCGUCUGACACCCUUGCCAAACAGUAGGUACAGUGAAAUGAAAAAAUCUGAGAAGAUGCUAAAGCAACCAUAUUUGGGGGCACUAUCCGUGGUGCUGAUUCUUUCUCUGGAACUUCCAAAAAUCACACUUGCGUGUCCUCAUCCAUGUGCCUGUUAUGUUCCCACUGAAGUUCACUGCACAUUUCGGUCCUUAGCAGCUGUGCCAACAAGAAUUUCUAAACAUGUGGAACGAAUCAAUUUGGGGUUUAACAGCAUACAGUCUAUAUCUGAAAACUCAUUUGCAGGACUUGCAAAACUAGAGCUGCUCAUGAUCCAUGGAAAUGACAUCCAAAAUAUACCCAAUGGAGCCUUAAAGGAUCUGACAUCAUUACAGGUAUUCAAAAUAAGCUACAACAAGCUGCAAGUUAUAACUGGUCAUACCCUCCAAGGGCUUUUCAGCCUAAUGAGACUGCACAUGGACCACAACCGAAUUGAAUUCAUCCACCCAAAUGCUUUUAAUGGAUUAACUUCCCUCAAACUUCUUCACUUGGAAGGAAACUUGCUCCAGCAACUUCACCCCAACACAUUUUCUACAUUUAUGGUGCUUGAUUACUUCAGACUUUCAACAAUAAAACACCUCUAUUUGUCUGAAAAUGCUAUUGGAACACUGCCUACAGGCAUUUUUCAAAAUAUGCCACUCCUAGAGAAUCUUUAUCUUCAUGGAAACCCCUGGUCCUGCGACUGCAAGUUGAAAUGGCUGCUUGAAUGGAAUGAGAAAUCUCCUGGUGUCCUAAAGUGUAAAAAAGACAAAGCCUAUGAAGAUGGCCAACUUUGCCCUAAAUGCACCUCCCCUAAACAAUUCCAGAAACAAGAUAUUCAGCAUUUGAAAGAUAUUUCCUGCACAAAGCCUAUCAUACAAUCUCCACUAAAACAAAACAUUAGCCUCACAAUGGAGGGGGAGGAGGAAGAUUAUGACAGCUCUGAGCUUCCUUGGGAAGAAUUUCAACUGUCUCCAUGGAAUAUAACUCUGAACAUGACGGAUGAGCAUGGAAACAUAGUGAAUCUGAAUUGUGAAAUCAAGAAGCCAACAAACUCUACCAAAAUUCAGUGGAACCAAAUCUCUCUUCAGGAAAUUGACGUCAAUGCUACCAUUUCACUGGAUCUGGAAUGUUUGAUGAACCGAGACAACUAUGAAAAAUUGUGGAAGCUUAUUGCUUAUUACAGCGAAGUGCCUGUCAAGUUAGAAAGGGAACAUGUGCUGAGCCAGGAACCUAAAAUAAGCUAUCAUUACAGGCAAGGUUCUGAUUAUGAUGCACUUUACUAUACAGGUGUUAAAGGGAGAAUCCUUGCUGAGCCUGCCUGGGUAAUGCAGCCACUGAUACAUAUCCAAUUGAACAGACGCCAGAGCACAGGAAAAAAAGUAGUGCUCUCUUUUUCUACCCACAUUUCUCAAACAUUUCAAAUCCAAGACAAUAGACAGCAGAGAAACAGCUGGGUUAUGAUAGAGCAAGAUCAACACACCAAGGCAGCUCAGAGUGUAGUUGAAGGUUCAGAUGCUCAGCUGAGUUGUAAUGUAAAAGCAUCAGAAAGUCCCUCCAUCAAGUGGGUGCUUCCAGAUGGAACUAAACUGAAAGCUCCAUUAAGAAUGGAUGACAGCAGGUUUUCUGUCCUUAGCAGUGGUCAAUUAAUCAUCAGAUCAGUGACCUAUACUGAUUCCGGCGUGUACCAUUGUAUUGCUCAAGUAAGAGGGGAUGUAGACACAAUGUCCUACAGAGUUCUGGUGCAACCUCCCGUCAUUCAGACAGCUGAAACAAUGAAGGUUGAAAAAAAUGUGGGGGAUCCCAUCCUUUUGCCCUGCAGUGCAGUGGCCACGCCCGAUGCUUACCUAAGCUGGAUUCUUCCCAACAGUCAUGUUCUAAAUGAUUUAUCAAACUCCUCCAGUGGAUAUAUGUUAAACAAUGGCACAUUGUUAAUUCCACGCAGCCAUAUCAGUGACAGUGGGUACUACAGGUGUGUGGCUAUCAACCAACAAGGAUCAGAUCAAUUUGCUGUUAGAGUAACGAUAAAUAAAAUGGUGUCUGACAGAUCCUCAAAAAGAGUGAAAUUAAAAAAGCACCCCAGUUCACGAACCUUUGUAAAAACAAAGGGACAGGCCAUAGAAGAUGGUGAGGGGUCAGGUGCUGAAAAGACUGAUAAUAUCCCAAGCAAAAAAAUCCACCUGAAGGACCGUGAAAUAUCAAUAAAACAAAGGCAUGACAAUGUUUCUCGUUCUCAUGUUAAAAAGAAUAAAAAAGGAAAACGCAAAAUGAAGUUAUGGAAAGGUAUGGAUAUGACUGAGGAGAUCAAUGUUGCAGAGGGCCGCAGAGUAUUUGAAUCCCGAAGGAGAAUAAAUAUGGCAAACAAACAAAUUAAUCCACAGCAUUGGGCCACCAUUUUGGCAAAAGUCCGUGGGAAAAACCUUCUUAGAACAACAACAGCACCAGUCCCUUCUUUAAGGACUACUACAGAGAUGCCAUUUAUGCAUGAAACUACCAGAACUCUUCCUCCUCCUCCUCCUAUCGCCAGUCCCCCAUCAAAGGCUACAAUGGAUUCACCAGUCAGUGCUGAGGAGUCUUCAGCAGAUGUAUCACAUUUGAAAGAAGCAGAGUUGUUCUCCGUCAGAGUUCCUUCCAUUAUCAAUGUCCAGGAUUAUACCCAAGAUAGAACUCCUUCUACAGUAGCAAGCACUGAGCCUAAGCCUGUUAUGGAAAAUGAAUUUUCAAACAGAGCAGAAAGUAUGUACAGUGUGGAAACACCUAUUGUAAGGGAUGCUCAGACAUUUCCAAUUGUACAGUCACAGCCUUGGGAUCACAGUGAUUUGCAGACAGAUUCUCCCCCAACAAUACUGAAACACACAGAUACUUUCACAAGAGGGCCGCCAAAUGAAGAAGUAAUGGGCAGUUUGCCUUUUUUCCAAAGCACGCUAGUAACAGUAAACAAUGGGGAUAGAACAACACUAUCUACUUUCUCCACUAUAGAACAAUUAUAUAAAGCUCCUGUCCCUGCAGAAACCCAUGCCUUUGAAGGUACAGAAACCAAGGAUAUCAUGAAUAUACUAGAUGCUGACACUAUACAUUCCUCUCAUUCUCAAAUCAACUACUCCAUGGAUGCAAUAGUCACCACUACUGUUUUUGCUCCUGCCACUUCGGUUAAAGGUUCUACUCCUUUGGUGAGAGGUAGCAUAGAGCAUCAGGAAGUACAAAUUUCCUCUGACCCAUACAGGGAUUCUGAUGAUGAAAUAUUUGAAAACAUCCAUGCUCAAAAACCAGAAUUCAUUUCUACUGUAGAAAGUAUCACUGAUUCAUUUAAAAAGAAAAACUGGAUGAUGACUGCUGCCACCACUAACAAAUUAACCACAGUGGCCACGAUUACAGCAUAUGAAAGAAAAACUAUCCAGCAUCCCCAAAGAAGACCAUAUGGGAGAAGGAGACUAAGACCAAAUAGGUUCCGAAGACCAAAGCCUGUUUCUCCUACUGCCUUUAGCAUACAAAAGACACCUUCUAUUCAAAACAUAUCUAAAAUAAAAACUGCUAGUCAACAUUUUCAAGGUUCCAUUUUGAAGGAUUAUCAGAAACCUGAUGCUACAACACAAAUUAGAAAUGAAUAUAAACCAUUGGAAGUGAGUUCUUCAUUAACUACAAGUAAUUAUGCUUUACAAAAGUCUACCAAGUUCCAAGAUAUGGAGGCAGUUCCAGUUCUUAGACUUUCUACCUUGCUACCUAAAACCACUGUAACAUUUGCUAAUACUGCUGAUGACCAGAAAGGUCCCAAGACAAUAUCAACACAUAAUGUGCCAACUUCAACUCCUGAUACACAGCUGCUUUUAUCUUACAGCUCAGAACAUAAGCUUACAACACCAACAGACAAUGAAUCCAUCAAAACCACUGAAAGUAAUGCUAUUACAACAAAUUAUGAGGUCACAAGUGCACAUAAAACAAGCAUAAAUCAAGAAGGUUUGACUAGCCCAAUGUCACCUUCUGGCACCAAUUACUCAAUGAUUCCUGAAUUUGAAGGAAAAUAUAUUCCUUUUGGUUCAUUGGCUAAAGAUAACAGAGUCAAUCCAAAAAUAUCUCAGGCUACCACUGUAUCGCAUUUGACCACAGUUGAUAGCACAGUGGGACAUUUUAAGGAACUUCCAACUGUAGAUGAACCACAGACAUUUUCAGAAUCUCAAAUGAUGACUACAAUUGCACCAUCUUCCCAUCAAAGCAAAACUGUGACAUCAUUUCACCAUAGUACAAUGGACUAUCACCUUUUCACACCUUCAGAAAAAAAACAAGUGAUCAGUCCUUGGCAUACUAAAACACACAUACUCACAUCAUCAAGACACACCAAGGAGCAGAUCACUCCAUUACAUGAUGAUCAUGAUCAGACUGCUGUGUAUAGAAAUGAAAAAACCGAUUCCCCAGUUUUGCCCAUUGCAUCUGCACCUUUGGCUACAACUCUUCUCCCAUCAGUAUCUAGCACUCUCAACUCGUCUGUUCAUUCUUCUACAAAAGAAAAUUAUACAUCUGGUCAAUUAGGAUCUCCAGACAUUAAAGGAUCCAAUGUUGAUAGUAUAAGAGCCAAACUCAGCUCAAGACAGAAUGAACUUUCCACUUUCCAUUCAAAUCACAAUAGAAUAAUCACACAACCAAAGCAAGACCAACUAAAAGAACCAUAUGGAGGAAGAACAUACAACAGCCUACUGCUGAACCCAAAUGUUCCUCGCCAGCCAAUUGGAAUUAUACCAAUUUUUAAUCAGCCGCCUGAUUUUGCACAUCCAAAACACAUUUCUGUGAGGGGGACAGUAAAACCUCCAUAUCUUAUGGCACCAGGGCUAUUUCACCAUUUUGUAACUCAUCAGGCCCCACUUCACUAUACUAAUAAACCAGAGAUAACAGCAUAUGCCGCAUACACCACACAGGACAGAAAAACCACUUCUCCUCACAUAGAGACCUUCCCCACUACAACAGCUACUCCAUUAUACAGACCUAAGUUCCAUACUCCAAACAGAUUUAGCAGUCAGGGUGAAACCAGAUACAAUCCUCAUUCAAGGGUUUUUGCCAAUAACUACCUUCCUGACUCCAGAGAGAAGCCUGGAAGGACAGUAAAUCAAGCUGUACCAUAUUUUCCUCAUCCCCGAACACCAUUCCUGUUUAACAGAACCAGGGUAUUUCAACACUUGGGAAGAAACUCUAAACCAGAGGUGCCUAAUCUGCUUGUUCCAGUAAGCACAACUGAGAAGAAAUUUCUCUCUCCAGCUAGGAUUAUAACACAAAGCACUCCGCUAGGGAUUCCAGUACCUCCUGUGCCCUUAAAUACGGCACAACCAGCUGUGACUACCCCUCCUGUAUUCAUAGCUCCAAGCAUUAAAUCUCAGAUGGCUUCAACCAUGCAAUCCUCCAGAAGCACCCACUAUAAUAAUCUAAAUGUGCUAUUUGUGCCUAAAGUAGGAGGAGUUAAAGCCCUUAAUUCCAGCAUAAUGCAGCCUUCAAUAAAUGCCAGGACACAAGGAGAAAGGCCUAAGAUAAUUGCCAAAGGAUCUAACAGUUUAUCCAUCCUUGCUGAGUCAGAUGCUGUUAUCCCAUGUGAUGCCACAGGAGAACCCAAGCCAUUCCUUUCCUGGACAAAAAUCUCCACAGGAGCUCUCAUGACAGCCAAUACAAGGAUACAACGAUUUGAAGUUUUGAAAAAUGGUACACUCAUUAUUCACAAUGCUCAGCUUCAGGACCGUGGACAGUAUUUGUGUACUGCUCAGAAUCUGCAUGGCAUGGAUAAAAUGAUCGUUUUGUUGACAAUUUUAGCCCAGCAGCCCAAAAUGCUAGGUUCUCGUUUCCGAGAUGUGACUGUUUAUUUUGGAGAAAAAGUGACCAUGGAUUGCCAAGCCAAUGGAAUUCCAAGCCCACAUCUUUCUUGGAUUUUUCCUGACAGAAAAAUAUUGCAGACUGUGAGCACUACUGAGGGAAGAGUGAUGUUGUAUGAAAACAGAACCUUAUCUCUCAAGGAUACUAACUUCUCAGACCGGGGGGUUUACAAGUGCAUAGCCAGCAAUGCUGCAGGAGCAGACAGCAUUGUGGUGCGACUUCACAUAGUUGCCUUACCACCUAUUAUCCAGCAGGAAAAACAGGAAAAUAUUUCCCUCAAUGUGGGACAGAACAUUAACAUUCACUGUAGUGCCAAAGCAGCUCCUUUGCCCAGCAUCCGUUGGGUGCUUUUCGAUGGAACCCAGAUCCGAACCUCCCAAUUUGUCCAUGGGAAUCUGUUUGUUUUCCCCAAUGGAACCCUUUACAUCCGCAACGUCUCGCCCAAAGACAGUGGGAGCUAUGAAUGUGUUGCAGCGAAUAUGGUAGGUGCUGCCAGGAGAACUGUAUGGUUGCAUGUCAAGAAACAGUCCACAAAUGCAAAGAUCACUGGGAGCUCUCCCCAGAGAACGGAUGUGACAUAUGGCAGUACCCUACAAUUGGACUGCAGUGCAUCUGGGGACCCUUGGCCACGGAUACUCUGGAGGCUGCCUUCGAAAAGGAUGGUGGAUUCUCUACACAGUUUGGACAGCAGAAUCGAGAUAUUUGGCAAUGGAACUUUGACUGUUCAUUCUGUUACCGAUAAGGAUGCAGGAGAUUAUCUUUGUGUAGCCCGCAAUAAAAUUGGAGAUGACUACGUGGUUCUCAAAGUGAACGUGAUGAUGAAACCUGCAAAAAUUGAACACAAGAAUGAAAAUAACCACAAGGUGAUGUAUGGAGGGGACCUGAAAGUUGACUGCAUAGCCACAGGGCUGCCAAAUCCAGAGAUCUCCUGGGGCCUUCCAGAUGGCAGUAUGGUCAACACCUUCAUGCAAUCAGAUGAUAGUGGACACCGAGCAAAGAGAUAUGUAGUAUUUGACAAUGGAACACUGUACUUCAAUGAAGUAGGACUGAGAGAAGAGGGAGACUACACCUGUUAUGCCGAGAACCAGAUUGGUAAGGAUGAGAUGAAAGUGCGUGUCAAAGUGUUGGCUGAACCUGCCACAAUUAGGAAUAAAACCUACACAACUAUUAACAUCCCAUAUGGGGAAGUGGUGUCUGUAGGAUGUGAAGCAAAAGGGGAGCCCAUACCUAAAGUGACCUGGUUGUCUCCGAGCAACAGACCUAUCCCACUUCUGUCAGAUAAAUAUCAGGUAUACAAAGAUGGGACACUUCUUAUUCAGAAGACCCAAAGAUCUGACAGUGGCAACUAUACUUGUGUAGCCUGGAACAAUGCUGGGGAAGACCGGAAAGUUGUCUGGAUCCGCAUCAAUGUCCAGCCUCCCAAAAUCAAUGGACAUCCCAGCACUAUCACCUCAGUGAGAGAAAUGGCUAUGAGAGACAGUCGGAAGCUAAUUGACUGUAAAGCAGAAGGCAUCCCAUCACCACGAGUUAUGUGGGCUUUCCCAGAAGGAGUGAUCCUACCUGCUCCCUAUUAUGGCAACAGAAUCACUGUUCACCGCAAUGGCACCUUGGACAUCCGUGGUGUGAGACAGACAGAUUCGGUGCAACUGGUGUGCAUUGGUAGGAAUGAAGGGGGUGAGGCCAGGCUGAUUGUGCAGCUUCAAAUCAUGGACCAUGUGGAAAAACCCACCUUCAAAGAUCCUGUCAUGGAAAGGAUCACUGCCACAGCAGGGCACAGCAUCAAUCUGAACUGUUCUGUUCAAGGGAACCCUAAGCCCACCACAGCUUGGAUCCUUCCCAAUGGCACAGAACUGCAGAAAGGCAGCCAUUUGCACCGAUUUUACCACAAGAGGGAUGGGAUUCUGCACAUCAGCGCCCUGUCUGCAGCAGAUGCUGGGACUUACCGUUGCAUCGCCAGGAACCCAGGUGGUUACACAGAGAGGAUGGUCUUCCUCAAAGUGGGGCUUAAGCCAGAAAUCAGCAAUCACUAUAACAACCUUGUGAGCAUUAUCAAUGGGGAAAACCUACAGCUUCACUGCAGCACCCAGGCCAGUCAGAGGGCUCGCAUAACCUGGACUCUGCCCAAUGGAAUGGUGUUAGAUGGACCCCAAGCUCUUGGCCGAUUCUCCCUGUUAGAGAAUGGGUCACUCACUGUGCGUGAGGUAUCUGUAUUUGACAGAGGUACUUACCUGUGCAAGGUAGCGACUGAGUAUGGCUCUUCCCUUAUGAAUGUCCCUGUGAUUGUGAUCGCCUACCCACCACGAAUCACAAGUGAACCAGCUCCUGUCAUUUACAUAAGGCCAGGCAAUACCGUGAAGCUGAACUGUAUGGCCAUUGGGAUUCCUAAAGCAGAAAUAACAUGGGAACUCCCAGACAAAUCACAUCUGACAACAGGAGCUCAGUCCCGUCUGUAUGGAAACAAAUUCCUUCACCCUCAGGGCUCGUUAAUCAUCCAGCAGGCAACACAAAGGGAUGCAGGCUUCUACAAAUGUACUGCUAAAAAUAUACUCGGCAGUGAUUCAAAAGCAACCUACAUACACAUAUUCUGAAGUUCAAACAAAUGCCUUUGAAUACACACAAAUAUCUAGAGUCCCUGCCAAGUGAGCACAGCUAGGAAAAUACAGUUGCUAAAUAAAACCACUUAUACUGAGGGGAGACGAAGAGCAGGGUUGUGCCAAAAAUUUUCUCUCAGAUUCUUACAACACCAAAAUACUGAUCAGGCAGGUAGGCUCAUCUGAAAAGACCUCUGAACCAUCUCUGCAAUGUAACAGGUUUCUCACCAUCUGCCUUAGAAUCUAAGACUAGAGCUGCAACAAAUUUCAAAAUUUGGCAAGAUUUCAAAACAAGUUAGUGAACUUUAAACAUUUCCAGAUGUUGCUUUUGAAUUUGGCUAUGAGGGGCACUUGCGCACGCACACACACACACACACACACACACACACACACACACACACACACAGAGCAUUGAAAGCAUAAUCCAGCCAAAGGUAAGUAGUCUUAUAUCCCACAGAUUUCAAUGGGUGCAUUGAGCACUGAAAUCAACAGGCCAGGCCUUGACAAAUUUUCUUCAGAGCUAGGAGCCAGGCCAAAAAAUUAGGAGCCAAACAAUGGACACUUGACAAAAUUAAGAGACUUCAUGACAGACAUAGUGAAGUGGGAAGGUAAAUGGGUUUCUCUUUAUCCCUUUUACAAGUAACAGGCUUAGAAGAGAAACAGAGGUACCUGGGGCAAACAAAUAUUUUUAUUAAAUGACUCUACGAGGCUAUGCUCAUGAUCUCUGCUGGGAGAGAAGGGGGAGGAGAGGCAGGGUUUCACCUACCUUCCCCCCAGAUGAUCCAUUGCCAGGUCUUCAGUGUGCCACGGCACAUCCAGACAAUCCACACAUUGGCUGAAACUUGUUUUCCCAGUCUCUGGAUAUCCCUCAAUGCACCACACAACAAGUGAGUUGCAUUGGGGGAAUCCCCCAGGAGUUGGGUGCUCUAGGCACCGAACUCUAUGCGUGCUCAGGCUACAAGCAGCCCAGGCACACACACAACCCUGGCGCCAGAGUUAUGGGGACACUCACGCCCUUGAUCUCAGCUAAUGGCCGGGGUACAAAGCAUGGUUAGGCAGGCGGGCAGCACCACAAUCUCUGCAGAACCUGCUGCUGCACUCGAGAAGCCUAAUCCAGGCUGGACUGCCCUAGCCUGGGUUAGGCUGCUAGUGAGAACAGCCUUUGCCUCUGAAUAUUCUAGUCUUGGUGCAAGUUAAAUUUUUAGGCUCCAUAGCUUCAUGGUGCUUCGGAUUUGUCAAGCCUUGCAAUGGAUCUGAAAUGUGCUUAACUUUGGCUGGAUUGUGUUCUUAAGGCCAUUACAUCACAUUACAAUACAUUAAGGCCAUUACAUUGUGUUCAUUAAGGCCAUUAAGGCAUCACAUAUCAGUUCUUUACCUCUCUUAUAUAACAUGUGGAAAAACUCACUCCAUGAUGUGAUGUUAUCAUAAUCUUGGGUUUCCAUCCGUUGCUGCUGAAGGGGGCAUGGGGUGAGUGCUCCUACGUUACAAGAUAAAUGGGUAGAAUUUGAUGCAGAGGUGCCAUUUCAACAGCAGCCCCAUAGGGCACUCAACAUGCAGUUCCAGACUAAGUCUGAUUACUAAAUUUAAGGCAAUAGCAUCAACUUGACAGAUAAGGUUUUUUUACACUUUAUUUUAUCUAAAACCCCUAAAUCCAAUGACAUCCAUAAUCGGUAAUGUUGCAGGGGGCGGGAGAUAAAAGCAAAUCAGAAUACAAAUUUACAUUUUUUUCCCCCAAGUACAUUCAAACUAGGAAUUAUUUGCUGAGCAUUCUCCCUGCUCCAGUUCAUUUUGGUUCUACCUGUGACUGAAAGAACUCUGUCCACUGAUAAUCUAGAUCUAUUCUUUAUGCAAAAAAAGCACCUUAAAACAUACCAAAGUAGUAUUAAAUAUAAGAAAAGAGCUGAUGUAGGAAAAGCUGUUUCUUUUGUUGCUGUUUUCGUUGUUGAACAGAAACCAUUUCCUUAGUUCCCUGCAGUGCUUUGACAUAGCCAAGCCUUUGUAGAAUAUGAUUUCUAACUACUCUCUGUUCAUUUCUCUAUCAGCUCUCCAGGAUCAAUUCUUAGCAAAUAAAAAUAAAUGCUCUGGAUUUAUUCCAGAACACCCUAGCAAUAAUUACUGUAACAAUGCAAAUGCCUCACAGCAAGGGAAUCCCUAGCUGACUGCAGUCAUUCUUUAUUUUAUAUGUGUGUUUUUUUCAACCAGACGAUGAGACUGGGAGAAUGAUAGUGACCUGUGUCUCAGUGUAUAAAUUAUUGGUCUUUACAAGACUCCGAUACUUCUGUGUUUUAUAUAAUAUUAGUAAACUGUAUAUUUUAUAAUAAAAAAAUAUUUUCCACACAA